AUGUUGAAGUGGGGAAUUUUAUCAUCAGCCAAUAUCACCAAAAGAUUUAUACCUCGACUGUUAAAAUCGCCGAGAAGUCAAGUCAUCGCAAUAGCAAGUCGAAGCAUCGAGAAGGCUGAAAGCGUGGCCAAAGAGUGGAACAUACCAAAAGCAUAUGGUAGUUAUGAAGAAUUGUUGACUGAUAGUGAAAUAAAUGUUGUGUAUGUUCCCCUGCCCAAUGUAUUACAUGCUGAGUGGGCAGUUAGAGCGGCAGAGAGUGGAAAACACUGUAUGGUGGAGAAACCAAUAGCAACAAAGGUAUCUGAUGUUCACAAAUUGCAGACAGUUGCCAUGGAAAACAAUGUUUUGAUUGUUGAAGGUUUCGUACACUUAUGUCACCCGCAGUUUAAAGCAAUUCGAGACACAAUAAAAUCAG